CAGGUAUGCGUUCGUGCUAGCUGAAAUGAGCUGUCUCCAUUCGCCUGCUUAUUUGGCAAAUUUUUGUGCUGCUCUGUGAUCUGAAGCAGAACAAGUAUGAGUUCAGAUAAAAAUUCUCCCUCUCCGCCCAAAGUGGUGACAUUCAAUGCCCUGAUGGACGUGUGGGCUAAGAGGAGGGAGAAUGGACCUCGGGUCACGUGGGACCAGUUGCCCACCAAGUUGGGUCACACACCCCUGCACCCUAUGCAAUUCAAAGUGAACGAGAUGAUGAUGUCAUGUCCGUUCAAGGCCGCACAAGCAGGCGUAGUGGGAUUCGGAUUUGGGGCAUUCUUUGGACUCUUUUCCUUCGCAAUUCAAGACCCCACGCAAACCAAUCUGCAACCCCAACGCACCCGCGAAGUGUUCAAAGAAGGAUACCAGAAGACGACCUCAAUGGGCAAGAACUUCGGACAGAUAGGGUGCAUGUUCUCAGUCACAGAGUGUCUAAUUGACACAUACUUGGGCAGUUCAGGUAUGAAAAACAGAGUGUAUGCUGGUGCUAUCACAGGCGGUCUCAUUGGACUGAGAGGAGGGGUGAAGCCCGCUGUUUUCGGGGCAGCCGGAUUCGCCGCCUUUUCUGCCAUCAUAGACCACUUCAUGGGAUUCUAACUAAUUGCUCGUAUGAACUCGCAGAUCAUAUUUUCUCACUUGAUAUUUUUUUGCUUUAAAUCUUGUUUAUCUAUAU